AUGCAAAAUUUGAAAUUCAUUAAUAAUGAACUAGAAACCUAGCUCAAGGCUUCUCAUCUUGAGACCAGAUAGCUUAAACAAGAAAUCAUUAAAAUUAAUCAACUCAAUGCUCAAUUAAAGGAGUAAUUGCAUCAAAUUACUAUUAAUUCUGAAAUCGAAGAUCAAUACAAGCAAUCACUUAUUGAAAAUAAAAUGCUUAAGAAAGAAUUAGAAUAUUAGUAUCCUAUUGUUGUGAUUAUCCUUUUAGUUAGUUACAAGAGCAAUCAAAAGUGGAUUAGAUAGCAUCAAAACCCUCUUAUGAAUAAUUAGAAAAAGAGCUCAAUGAUUUACAAAUAUUUUUUAAAAAAUACUACAACCUUCAAGAAACGUAAGAAAUUAUCAAUCUAUUUAGGCUCUUGAAUAAGAUCCCCAUUUAGUUACUGAAAGAUUGUUGGUUGGCUAUUAAUUAGACCUUUAAAUCUCAUUUCAAUAUUCAUUAAACUAUUUAAAACAUUCAAGAAGAAGUUUCCCUCCUUGAGUAAGAUUAUAAACAAAUUUUGCAUGCAAACAAAGACAACGAUUCUGAAAUCCAAUACUUAGCCAAAUGUAAAUAUGGAAAUAAAUUAAUUAGAAAACAUAAUUGUUGAAAGAAGGGUUGAAAUAGAAAAAUGCAGAAAAGAAAUUUAAAUAAAGCAAUCAGAAACAAAAAAAAUGGAAUUAGAAUUGGAAGAACUCUAAAAAGAAUUUGAUUAUAUUUGUAAAAUUGAACACAGAAGAUUUAAUCAAUAAAUUGAAAUUGAAAAAUAAUUAGUUCAAGUCAGAUAAAAAACUACCUAACCAGUUGUUGAGUAAAAAACCUCAGUUUUGCCUGUCUAAAGAAGUCGAUAACAUUCUGAUUAUUUCAGACCCAAUUAGAUAUCUAUUGACUCUUAACAAUCAAUCAAACCUUUAAUAUUUAGAGCACCUAAGCAUAGUGCUGUGUAAUAAGAAGCUGAAAAAACUAAUCUAGAAAAAACUAUAGAUUAAACUAGAUAAAAAUUGAGUAGACAAUUAAGUUUAGCGUCCAACCUACGUGAAUCUACAAAAUGA